UUCACUCCUCACACCCACAGUGCAAGCCGUUCCUCAGGCUCUGUGUAUUGCAGGCUGGAUCUCUGUCACUUGUUGAACACAAAGCAUCUAGAAGAACACAGAGCAGUGCUGGCCCAUUCUAGAACCCUUCUGAGGACCAUGGCGGGCAGUCCUGUACCCAGCUGAGAAGUCCUGCCAACAUGGAGGAGGAGGACGGGGGGAACGUGGGGGAAAAACUACCAAAAAUGUCUCUUAGCAAAGAAGGCGCCCAUAAGAAAUGGGUGAGCCUAAAAGAAAAGCUGUCACCUCAAGAGUCGGACCAAAGUGAGGCCAACUUAGAGAAUGCGGAUCCUGAACUUUGUAUUCGUCUUCUCCAAAUCCCAUCUGUGGUGAACUAUUCUGGCCUGAAGAAGAGACUGGAGAGUAGUGAUGACCAAUGGAUGGUUCAGUUCCUGGAGCUCAGUGGUCUGGAUCUUCUACUUGAGGCCUUGGACAGGCUGUCAGGCAGGGGAGUGUCAAGAAUCUCUGAUGCUCUUCUACAACUUACUUGUAUAAACUGUGUCCGAACACUAAUGAAUUCCCAUAAGGGGAUUGAAUAUAUUGUCAAUAAUGAAGGUUAUGUCAGAAAGCUUUCUCAAGCUCUGGACACAUCCAAUGUCAUGGUGAAAAAACAAGUGUUUGAACUGAUAGCAGCCUUAUGUAUCUACUCGCCGGAGGGACAUGCCUUGGCUUUGGAUUCACUCGAGCAUUAUAAGGCAGUGAAGAACCAGCAAUAUCGAUUUAGUGUCAUUAUGAGCGAGCUUUCAGCCACGGAUAAUGUUCCCUACAUGGUCACGCUGCUCAGCGUCAUCAACGCCAUCAUUUUCGGGACGGAAGAGCUGAGGAUUCGUGUGCAGCUGAGGAACGAAAUUAUAGGUCUUCAGCUGCUGGAUGUGUUGACAAAAUUAAGAGAUUUGGAGGAUGAAGACUUGUUAGUGCAAGUCUACGUCUUUGAAGAAGCCAAGUCAGAAGAUGAUGAAGAUCUUCUCAAGCUAUAUGGAGGAAUUGACAUGAACAAUCACCAAGAGGUCUUCUCCACACUCUUCAACAAAAUCAGCUGUUCACCGCUAUCGGCCCAGCUUCUUUUUAUUCUGCAGGGCCUGUUGCAGUUUGAUGUCAAUCAUCCUUCAAGUGCCCUUCUCUGGGAGGCCCUGGAACACGUGGUGAACAGAGCUGUACUGCUUGCAGAUGACUGUAAAGAUAGCACCCUUGAGGGAGUUAUGGAUAGGCUCUUGACUUCAAAAAAACACCCAAAUAAAGAGAAGAGCCAAGACAAAAAAAUUGAGAAAGUUCAUGUAAGCAUACAAACGGAAAAACCUACGUAUGAAUCCAGCAAAGAAGGAAUGAACAGUCUAUCUCUAGCAGAUGCAUUGCUUGAACACUCAGGGGAUGUUCAGAAGGUACCGGUUGGAAAGCCUUCUACCCAUAUUACUAUAGCUGGAAGUUCACCUGCCCCUUAUCCAUCCCUUGGUGCUGAUGUACAGUCUACUCCAUCACCGCCUCCACCUCCACCUCCUCCUCCCCCUCCCCCAUGUGAGAUGUCAUCUUUUUUCCCUGGCAUGAACUCCUUUCCUUCUCCACCUCCUCCAGUUACAGGCACAGGAGUAAGUCUUCCACCACCUCCCCCUCCCCCCUUGCCUACCAUGGGAGGUAUUCCUCCACCGCCUCCAUUGCCUGGCAUGGGAGGCAUGCCGCCACCACCACCUCCCCCAUUUCCUGGCAUGGGAGGCAUGCCGCCACCACCACCUCCCCCAUUUCCUGGCAUGGGAGGCAUUCCCCCACCUCCCCCAUUUCCUGGCAUGGGAGGCUUUCCCCCACCACCACCACCUCCCCCAUUUCCUGGCAUGGGAGGCAUCCCACCACCUCCCCCAUUUCCUGGCAUGGGAGGCAUCCCACCACCACCCCCUCCAGGAGGCUUCAGUGAAGAAGUUGUAUUUGCCCGUGUGGAUUAUUCUUUGGGAUCCUUCAAACCAGCUUGCUUCAAGGUCAACAGGCCUUCAAUAAAAAUGAAGAAACUGAAUUGGCAGAAAUUGCCUCCUAACGUUGCCAAAGAUGGACAGUCAAUGUGGUCUUCAGUAAGCAGCUCUGAAGAAACUAUGGAACUCAAUUAUUCCAGCAUUGAGCAGCGGUUUUGUGUUCCACAAGCCAAAGAAAAAGAUAAAGAAUCAACGCUGGCAAAAAAGCCACCUAAAGAGAUUUCCUUUUUGGAUGCCAAAAAAAAUAUGAAUUUGAACAUAUUUUUAAAGCAGUUUAAAAGCCCCAAUCAACAAGUUGUUUCCAUGAUUGAGCAGGGAGAUCGGUCAAAGUUUGAUAUUGAAGUACUAAAACAGUUUCUCAAGCUGCUUCCUGAAAAACAUGAAGUGGAAAACUUAAAAGGGUUCAAAGAAGAUAUUUCCAAGUUAUCAAAUGCAGACCAGUUUUACUUGCUGCUUCUCGGAGUGACCAACUACCAGCUUCGGAUUGAGUGUAUGCUGGCUUGUGAGGAGACCAAUGUUAUGCUGGACAUGUUACGACCAAAGGCUCAGACAGUCACCUUGGCAUGUGAUGACGUUCUUGGCAGUCAGAGACUUCCACUCUUUUGUCAGCUUGUUCUGAAAGUCGGUAACUUCUUGAAUUAUGGAAGUCACACUGGAAACGCAAAUGGCUUUAAAAUAAGCACUUUACUAAAGCUGACCGAAACAAGGGCAAACCAAACCCGUAUGACUCUACUGCACCAUAUCGUGGAGGAAAUAGAAGCAAAUCACAUGGAUCUUAUUGAGCUUCCAAAUGAUCUUGAGAAGCCUUCAGCGGCUGCUGGGGUCAAUAUAGAACAUCUGUAUUCCGAAACUAGUGCUAAUCAAAAAAAACUGAAGGAUCUGCUGAAUAAACUUUCCAAUUCAGAAAAUGAUGUGAAGGAACAAUAUGAAAAAUCAAUUCAGGACUGCGUUGAUGCGCUGAAGGAGCUUGAGGGACUGUUGGAGGACCUCUCCCAGAAGAAGAAGAAGCUGGCUGAUUACUUAUGUGAAGAUGUAGCUAAACUAUCUCUGGAGGAAACGUUCAGUACUAUGAAAACAUUUCGGGAUCUCUUCAUAAAAGCAAAAAAGGACAAUAAAGAUAGAAAGGAGCAGGCGGCUAAAGCUGAAAAAAGGAAAAAGCAACUAGAAGAGGAAGAAGCCAAGCGACAGAAGGGUGAAAAUGGAAAAAUCAUCCGAAAAGGUGUUGUUAAGGUGGAAGAAGACUGUAUUAUCGAUGCCUUGCUGGCGGAUAUCAAAAAAGGUUUCCAGCUACGCAAGACUGCAAGAACAAAAAUGGAAUCUGGGGCCCUCAAAGCUUCUACAAAUGAUUUGGGCACAAAACCUCCUACAGAAUUAGGCAAACCUGUGCAAUUAUUGAAUGGGGAUGCAAAAGAGACCACUAAUGACGGUCCUUCCACAACAGUUGAUGAAAGUGUCUCUAAAUCCUCUCUGCCAACUGAGGACAACAAUAAUGUGGGUCACAUUGAACCAAAGGACCAUGUCAAGAAAGAAGAAGAGCCUUUAUGUCCUAUAAACCAAGUCACUAAACGUUGCUUGGAGAACACUGAUAAUAUACAGAGUGUUAUCUUGGGUCCAACCACACAUCUCAUUAAUGAGGCCAAUCUGGAAAAAGAAAGUCUUCCAGGCAGUAUGCAGAUUCAGUCUUGUGAAGCUGUUAUCCCAAAGAAUACAAGUACUAUUGGAUGCCAAGAAGAUUCUCAAAAACCUUCACAGACCAAUGUUCUAUCUUAUGUAGGUGCUUGUUCAUCGGAGACGAGACGGUACCAGUCAGAUGAAGUGGACUCCAAAAUCACAGAUGUGCUGAAUAAUAAUAACAUCCAGAGUGCAGAAAAAGACAUUUGUAAUAAAGGGCUUGCGCAUGAUCAAAUUGAUUCUUCAGUUAGUGUUUCUAUUGGAUCGCCAACUUCAGUGGUUGAUGGCCCUUCAAACAAUAAUUCAUCUGAUGUGCCUUCUAAGGAAGAUAAAUCAGUGGCUGAUGGUGUUUUGCCAACUCAGAACCCAGAACCAAGUUUUUUGGAGGAAGAAGACAGUGGGAAUGUGUUUCUUAUUUCAGGGUUAGCUGAGGAGGUUAGCGUGGCUGUAAAUGAGAAGGAUAAGAGUGUAGAGGUUUCCCCACCAGCUCAGGAUAAAGAUAUUGCCAACAUGCCGACAUCAGCACUUAACAAUGGGAACACUGAUGUCUCUUCUAAUGAAAAUAUUGAAAUUUCUGAUGUUCCCUCACCAGAUCAGACAAAUGGGACCCAAGUUGAUAACAAUGGUCCUCCCGAUGCUUCCACACAUGGGUCACUAGACAUUGUCUCACAAACUAAAGAAAACCUGUUAACUGAUGACUCUGUAAACAGAUCUUCAGAAUCGGCCACUCCUGUCCAAACUUCUGAUGAUUGCAAGGUCAGAAAAGGCUCUUCCAAGAACAAAAAGAAAAAGAGGAACUCCAAAAGCGGUGAAGAGCUGGGAGUUGAUUCUGGCACUCAUAAAACAAAGAGUUGUGUGGUACAGUAAGGUUUCAGAACAAAGAAAAUGCAGAAGCAGUGAAUCCUGGGGCAAAGCUUGCAACUGCUCUUCCACUAUAUCUAUUGUGACAUACAGAAAAUGACUAAAUGCUAUUUAUUAAUAAUUUUCUAUUCCUCUUCUAUUGAAAAGAGGCAAUGUAUAUCAACACCUUCUAUUAGUUAUACUAUCUGCUAACUAAAUGGUCAU